GACAGUAUCUUAUUCAUAUACAACAAUAGUUUAUUGAAGAGUGGAUAAUCUUUAGCUAACCAUGACAACAAUAUUGGAUUAUUGUAAUUGAGCAUUUGAUUGAUGAAUUCGUUUGUUUUCAAAUAUAUGUUGUUUAGCAGACGGACGGAGUCCAUCAUUCGUCAUCUGUGGUGACGCAGCGGGCAAAGCAAGCUGAAGGAAAUGGCGUCGUUCGUAAAAUAUCUUCGCGCUGUUGGAUCGUGCGUGAAAAAAGAUUUGUUGUUAUUCUUUAUUGUCCUUGGAGUUCUAUUGGGGUUCUUGAUCGGUGCUUUGGUAAACGAUCCCGUGCAGAAGAGCUCCAAUUCCAAAGAGAUCAUCAUGUAUAUUUCAUUUCCUGGGGAAAUUCUCAUGCGCAUGUUGAAAAUGAUUAUUCUUCCGUUAAUCGUUUCGAGUUUGAUCGUCGCCCUCGCCGUUCUCGAAGCGAAGGCUGCGGGAAAGCUUGGACGACGAGCUCUGCUUUAUUAUCUUACGACAACGAUACUUGCAGUCAUUUUGGGUAUUAUUUUAGUCGUCAGCAUUAAACCAGGGGAAGGUAAAGGCGAGAAAAAAGGAACAGAGUCGAAACACGUACAACCGGUCGAUUCGUUGCUUGACCUCAUAAGAAACUGCUUUCCCGACAACCUGGUUGCAGCAGCAUCAGUCUCUGUUGAAACAAAAUACAAAGAAGUUGACGAAAGAAUUUAUUUUGUAAACCAGUCAGUAAAGGACAUCAUGAUGGAUCCAAAAAACAUGUCUGUUUUUCUUUCCAAAAACACAAUAAACCCUUGGAGUGUGCAUACGAUGGAGAAAUUCAAGGAAGUAAAGAUCAUCAAGAAAAAGACGAAGUUUGUUUACGAUGGCCAACGAUUGUCUUCAAAAAUGAACAUUCUUGGUAUAGUUUGCUUUUCCGUGGCAUUUGGCGCCGUACUUAGCCACAUGGGUGAAUCAGGAAGACCAAUGACGGUUUUUUUCACCAUUCUACUUGAAAUUGUCAUGAAACUGGUGACGUUGAUUAUUUGGUAUUCUCCUAUCGGGAUUUGCAGUUUGAUUGCUGGAAAGGUAGCCUCAAUGGAAAGCAUCGGCGACAUUCUUGCAAAGCUUGGUCUUUACAUGGCAACAGUUAUAUCAGGUCUAUUGAUACAUGCUCUUAUUGUGUUGCCGUUGGGAUAUUUCAUCUUCACGCGUAAAAAUCCUUUCAAGUUCAUUUAUGGACUCCGAGCUGCUCUUUUGACUGCCUUUGGAACAAGUUCGAGCUCGGCGACAUUGCCAGUAACGAUCAAAUGUCUUGAAGAAAACAACCAUAUCGACCAACGUGUUUCGAGAUUCGUUCUUCCUAUUGGUGCAACAGUCAAUAUGGAUGGAACUGCAUUAUACGAAGCCGUGGCUGCUAUAUUCAUUGCACAGUUAAAUGAUAUUGAUCUAUCAUUUGGAGAGAUAAUUAUUACAUGCAUUACAGCCACAGCAGCAUCCGUUGGUGCAGCGGGAGUGCCUCAAGCAGGCCUUGUUACUAUGCUUAUUGUCCUUCAAGCUGUUGGUUUACCUGUAAGGGAUGUCAGUCUCAUCGUUGCAGUUGAUUGGUUCCUUGAUCGAAUUCGAACGACUGUCAAUGUGCUUGGAGACUCAUUUGGCGCAGGAAUUGUCGAGCAUCUUUCCCGGCACGAAAUGAAAUCAGUUCCUUACAAUCCAGAAGAUAACUUAUCUGCUGGCUAUGUUGCUAACGUGAAUGGUGUUACCCCCCUUGAUUCAGAAGCGUUUGGUAUCACUUCGAUCGGAAAAAUUGAUCCAAAAACUGAUACACAAUUUUAAUACAUAUCUUGUAAUACGUAAGUUAUACGAUAGUAAAUCCUACACAAAUACUGUUAUGAUUGAUCAUGUUUUUAUUUGUUCUGUGUUUUAAGUAAUAUAGUUUUUAAUUCACUUGUAUUUAGAGAUGUAGUCGAUGGUAUCAUUAAGUCCAUUUCUUGAUAUUGA